GCCAGUCAGACAGCGGACGCCGAGCCAGAAACAUGUCCCGCAGCACCAUGGCCGUAAGCGCGAUCCUCGUCCUGAGCUGCCUCGCCGGCGCCCACGCCUGGGGCGGUAUCUUCAACCGCUUCAGCUCGGACAUGCUGGCCAACCUGGGGUACGGCCGUACUCCAUACCGCCAUUAUCCUUAUGGACAGGUGGAACCCGAGGAGGUGUAUGCAGAAGCCCUGGAAGGGAACCGUAUUGAUGACGUCAUCGACGAGCCCGCUCACUGCUACAGCUCUCCUUGCACCACCAACGGGGACUGCUGCCGAGGUCUACUCUGCCUAGAUACAGAGGAUGGAGGGCGUUGUCUCCCGGCAUUCGUUGGAAGAAAACUAGGUGAGAUCUGCAAUAGAGAGAAUCAAUGCGACGCUGGACUGGUCUGUGAAGAAGUUGUGCCUGGUGAAAUGCACGUCUGCCGCCCACCAACUGCCGGUCGUAAGCAAUACAACGAAGAUUGCUCCACGUCCAGCGAGUGCGAUAUCACUCGUGGACUCUGCUGCAUCAUGCAGCGCAGGCAUCGCCAGAAACCUAGGAAGGUGAGUCGGGUCUUGCAGAUUUUAGGAAUAAGCAGGGGACAAGGUGGUUAUUAUGUAGAUUUUUCUCAAGUUGAUUGCUGAGCAAUGCGGUGAAUG